AUGUUAAUACUUGAUAGAAAUGAGCACGGAUAUCCUUGUGACAAACUUUUGACCACUAUUGGUAAAACUUUAGAACAGGUUCCAAAAUGUCUUGCAAGUGUCAAAGAGAAAAUCAAGAACCAUAUCAAAUGGAGCCAUGAUAAGGCUUUGAACAGAAAGAUGAAAUGGUGGGAACAAAACUAUGCAACCAACUCUAAACAUCUGAGAAAGAAAAUUUACAAAACGUCAUCACCACCAUACAAAUUAUCUAUCGAAGGAACUGAAAUUAGUGACCCCAAUGAAGUUGCCAAUGUGAUCAAGGACAAAUAUCAACAAAACCUCAACUUUAGAGGAAGAAAUCAUCAAAUUGACAUUACCAAGUUUUUCAAGUACAAACAUCCAUUAAUUGAUAAUUGCAAUGACAAAAUACUCGGUAGAAUUACCACGGAAGAGAAAGAAUGGAUAAUUCAGAAUUUGAAAUCCACAGCACCCAAUGAACUAGGUUUAAGAAAAAAAACUAUCAAAUACAUGUGCGCAUGGAUUGAUGAUUUGAACUCAUUUUCCAACGAACUACCUGAAAUUGAAAAUUCUUUGCAUGACAUUGAAACCUAUCUUCAUGGCUAUCACAUGGAAUUAGAUCAUUCCAAAACUAACCUCUUCUCUGAUAAGGAAUGUAGUAUCAAGACAUUAUCUGGAAGUACGAUCAAAAGUAAUGAUUCUAUUAUUAUACUUGGUAAUAAUAUUACCAAUAAUACUGAGGAACAAAAGAAAUACACUACUUCAAUUAUUGAAGAAGUUAAAAGAAGAACUAACUCUAUUGGCUGGAAUUUUCCAAUACAGAACAUUGUCAAAAUUAUCAACACAGACAUUGUUCCGUAUGCACUGUACCACCUAAUUCCUCUUGCUAAUGACCAUCUAGAGAAACAAAUUGAUAAAUUCUUUCGCAACUUUAUAUGUGAAAGAUUAAGAACCAAGAGAAAAUUAGCUCUCAGUGGUUUUAUACUCAUCAAGACAAAGUGGAC